UCAACGAAGAAUGGAUUGGAGAUUCUCUAUAUCGAAUCAAGGGUGGCAUGUAUUUGGGAACACGAUUUCGAUCAGAUCAGCGAUGUCUAGGGAUGGAUCUUAAAGGGAUCUAUAUGGAGACGAUAAGGAAGAUCGGAGUUAUUGGGGAAUAUGAUUUGAUUUCAAUCAUCCUUAAGAUGAAAUCAAAUGUAUUUAAAGAGUCAACUGCUUUCUAAGGGUGAGAUGAAGAACGGUGACAAUACCCGUAAGAGGUUGAAGAUAACGGUGCCCCACUUUGAUAACUCCGAGUUGAUCAAAAAAUUUUCCAAAACGCUGAUUGGUCGGUGCAUGAACCCGCCGGAGCAAGACAUGAAGGCUUUGAUUACGAAUCUUCCGAAGAUAUGGGGGCUGGAGAAUCGGGUUACUGGUACGGAUUUGGGACUUGGAAAGUUUCAAUUUGCUUUUGAAACAGAGGAGGAGUUAGAGGGGGUCUUGAGGCUUCAACCGUAUCACUUCGACUAUUGGAUGCUUUCACUGGCUCGAUGGCAACCAAAGAAAUCUCCACAAUUUCCCUCGGAGAUAACUUUUUGGGUUCGAGUGUUAGGGGUCCCAGCGGAGUUCAGGACGGCGCCUACAUAUGAAAGUGUGGGGGAUGCUAUUGGAAGAACGGUGAUGGUGGACGUGGAAUAUGCGAGGGUUCAAGUGGUGGUGGACGCCUUUAAGGAGCUUUGCUUCGAAACCACUAUAGACUUCAAGGGGGGAGAAUUCUAUGCGAGUGAGGAAGCCUUGGUGUCUCUACGGUACGAAAAGCUCUUCGGCUUUUGUGAGUUUUGCUCCAGUCUGUGCCAUAAGACUGAGAAGUGUCCUCUGGAUCCUAAGAAUACAAAGACGAGUCCGGAGAAGACUAGGGAGAUGAAAGAUGGAAAUGGAGGAUGGCACGAGGUAGGCCAACAUGAUGACAGAGCCCGGAGUUAUAAGGGAGUGGUUAUAAAUGGGAGUAGCAAUCAACCAAACAGGGAGAGGGAGAGUAGAGCUUAUCAUGGAAAGGGAAAAGGCAAAGUGGCUGAUGACCACAAAUGGGUGAAGACAGCAGAGAGGGGUUAUAAGGGAACUUCCUCAUAUCAUGGGAAUUCUCGGGGGGACGCAGGAGGCUCGCAUAAAAGAUCAUUACGAAGAGAGAAAAUGGCGGUUGUGCCACAGGAGGUGCACCGUCGUGCAUCGCCACGACAUGUGGAAGAGCAAAAUGGAAAGGAAGUGGUUAUGGAAGGGACACGGGAGGAAGGAGAGAUAAAGAGUACGGAAGAGGAGACUUUGGCUUCUGCUUCUAAGGAGUUUCAAGUUGCACUGGCUGAAACUCAGGCGAAUGGUUUAGAGCUGAUCUCUGAUCCUGUUGAUAGAGAGGAGGGUUUACUACAAAUCCAAAGCCUGGUCGUGAAGGACAGAACUUCUGAUAGAGUUUCUGAAGGUGACGAGGAGGACGAGAUGGAAAUGGAUGAGUUUCAAGCAGCGCUUUUGGAGCAUGGCUUAGAUGAGCAGACGAUAGAUGCUCUCCCGGCAGUUUCUGAAGAGGAAUUGAAGGAGAUGAUGGCGGGCUAUGAGGAGGAUAAUCAACUUCAGGAGGCAGGAGAGCAGACUAAUGGUGCAGAAGAGAAGAAUAAGGACACUAUGGAGCAGGCUCAGAAGCAGGGGACUCGUAAAAGGUUGUUCAAGUCAUCAGUCAUUGUUGCAGGAAGCACAAAGAUGAGGAAUGCAGUUGCGCUUGUAUCCCCUCGCAAACGUGCAGCAGCCAGGAUGGGGACUCGUAAAGGGGAUACAAAUAAGCAAUUGGAGAGUAAGGGUUCGUCAAAUCUGAGCUCUGGAAAUCUGAAGAUUUAAUAUGGAUCAAGUCUUACAAGUUUCUUUCAAGCAGGGUCUGGGUUUUUUAUUUUUAAAAGUUUCUAUUUUGUUGUUUUGGUGUUGGGUAAGAUCUUUAUAUAAGAUCAUGCUUUGGAAUAAAAUUUGUUCUUUGGAUUAUUGGUAUUGGGCGUGUUGUGAUCAGAUAUGCAUAAUUAUUGCCUAUAGAUGUUUGGAUUCUCUC